GGAGGGCCUCGCCAAACCUUUCCUGUGUCUGCAGAGGGCUGUACUUUCUUGAAACACACCGAACAACUACCCAGGGAGGAGACUCCCAUAAUGGAGACUCUGUCGUUCCCCAGAUACAAUGUAGCUGAGAUUGUGGUUCAUAUUCGAAAUAAAUUAUUAACAGGAGCAGAUGGCAAAAACCUCUCUAAGAACGAUCUGCACCCAAACCCAAAGCCUGAGGUUUUGUACAUGAUCUACAUGAGAGCCUUACAAAUAGUGUAUGGGAUCCGGCUGGAGCACUUCUACAUGAUGCCAGUGAACAUCGAGGUCAUGUAUCCACAUAUAAUGGAGGGCUUUUUACCAUUCAGCAAUUUAUACUUUCAUCUGGAAUCAUUUAUGCCCGUUUGCCGGGUGAAUGACUUUGAGGUUGCUGAUAUUCUUUAUCCAAAAGCAAAACGGACAAGUCGGUUUUUAAGUGGCAUUAUCAACUUUAUUCACUUCAGAGAAGCAUGCCGGGAGACUUAUGCAGAAUUCCUUUUGCAAAAUAAAUCCUCUAUGGACAAAAUGCAGCAGUUAAACAGUGCACACCAGGAAGCACUGAUGAAACUGGAGAGACUCGAUUCAGUUCCAGUUGAAGAGCAAGAAGAGUUCAAGCAGGUUAUGGAUGACAUUCAGGAGCUGCAGCACUUGCUGAACCAGGAGUUCCGCCAGAAAACGACACUGCUGCAGGAGGGAAACGCCCAAAAGAAAUCAGAUAUUUCAGAGAAAACGAAGCGUUUGAAUGAACUAAAGUUGUCAGUGGUUUCUUUGAAAGAAGUUCAAGACAGCUUGAAAAGCAAAAUUGUGGACUCUCCAGAGAAGGUGAAAAACUAUAAAGAGAAGAUGAAAGACACGGUCCAGAAGCUCCGGAAUUCUAGGCAAGAAGUGAUGGAGAAGUAUGAGGUGUACAGAGAUUCUGUGGAUUGCCUGCCUUCCUGUCAGCUGGAGGUGCAGCUGUACCAAAAGAAAAUCCAGGACAUUGCAGAUAACAGGGAGAAACUAAGCAGUAUCUUAAAAGAGAGCCUGAACUUGGAGGACGAAAUGGAAAGUGAUUCAUCGGAACUAAAGAAACUGAAGACUGAAGAAAAUUCACUCAAGAGACUGAUGACUGUCAAGAAGGAGAAGCUUGCCACUACUCAGCUCAAGAUAAACAAGAAGCAGGAGGAUGUGAAGCAGUACAAGCGAACAGUGAUCGAAGAUUGCAAUAAAGUUCAAGAAAAGAGAGGUGCUGUCUAUGAGCAAGUAACCACCACUAAUCAAGAGAUCCAGAAGAUUAAAUCUGGGAUUCAGCAACUAAAAGAUGCUGCGAAAAGGGAGAAGCUGAAGUCUCAGGAAAUCUUUGUAAACUUAAAAAGCGCCCUGGAGAAGUACCAUGAGGGCAUUGAGAAGGCGACGGAGGAGUGCUGCACUAGAAUCGACGAGAAGACUGCCGAGCUGCAGAGGAGGAUGUUCAGAGUGCCGCCCUGAUCAGCAGUCA